CUCACACUUCACGUCAAUUUGACUUCUCUCUCUCUCUCUCUCUCUCUCUCUCUCUCUCUCUCUCUCUCUCUCUUUCUCGUAAAAGCCGAAGAGAUGAAUUCUCAGAUUUGCAGAUCUGCUUCCCGAGCUGCUAAGUCUCUCAUUUCUGCCUCCAAGCAGGGUUCUCGUGCUUUUUCUGGGGGGCGAGCGGCAGCUGCAGCAGCCACAGUUUCUUUGAGAGGAGUGGUGCCUUCUCUAGCCUCAUAUGGCAGGACGGAAUCUGGAAAUGCAUCUAGAGCUUGGAUUUCUGGUGUCCUUGCCCUUCCUGCAGCAGCUUACAUGCUCCAAGAGCAAGAAGCACAUGCUGCUCAGAUGGAGCGCACCUUUAUUGCCAUCAAGCCAGAUGGAGUGCAGAGGGGCCUGAUUUCAGAAAUCAUAGCACGCUUUGAGCGCAAGGGUUUCAAGCUGGUUGCAAUCAAAGUUGUGAUUCCUUCCAAGGAAUUUGCGCAGAAGCACUAUCAUGACUUGUCAGAGAGACCAUUCUUUAAUGGCCUAUGUGAUUUCCUUAGCUCUGGCCCUGUCCUAGCAAUGGUUUGGGAAGGUGAAGGAGUAAUCAGAUAUGGAAGGAAGCUUAUCGGAGCCACAGAUCCACAAAAAUCCGAACCUGGAACCAUCAGAGGUGACUUAGCUGUUGUAGUCGGAAGGAACAUCAUCCAUGGUAGCGAUGGACCCGAGACUGCCAAGGAUGAGAUCAACCUAUGGUUUAAACCAGAAGAGUUGGUUAAUUACACAAGCAAUUCAGAGAAGUGGGUAUAUGGUGACAACUGAGCGAACGUAUUCUACCUUAAUCUAAAUUGCCAUUAGAUCGGCAUGAAGGGGUAGCAUACUCAUAAUUUAUCAGAAUAAAUCGGAUGCCAUUUUUCCUUAGGCUGGUAGCAACUUUACCUCUAGCAUACUGUUACGUGAAUCACUCCAAUAAUCAUUUGUACUCAAAUAUUGGACCCAUUUUUCGUGAACAUCUUUUUUCCUGUUCCCAAUGGGAAGAUCAGUUGGAACUAUUGAUCCAUUUUGCUUUUA